CCAUCCUCAACCUCUGUCGUGUCACCUAGACCAAUUAGUCUCCUAUCCUUAAUUACCCUGCAAGUUGAAGACACCCAUUAGACCAUUCGCCCGCCCAAAUGGCAUUCUCAGCGCGAGAGAUUGACGGGACAAUGCAUUUGGGAAACCCAGCAUAUGCUCAUUUGCUUAUGGUCCCCCGCGGGCAGGAAAUGUGGACCAAACUCACCCGGGAUGUAGACUCGAGCAGCCCAGAUGCAUCGGGGCUGUGUACAGUCUGCCGGAAAGUCGACUUUUACGAGCUCGCGUUCGGGUUGGGCUGCGGAUGCCAUCAACAGGAACGCAGCCAGCUACGCUCGACUGCUUUGGUUCCUGUACGGAAACAAAACCAAACUUCGGAUUCGGGGAAUGGGUUAGCGGCCAUGUUCAUGACAUACGAGAUUGGCACCCUGCGAGGCGUGGCGCGGAACGCUGGUACCUGCCACGGGUGCGACUUGAUCUUGUCAGCGGCACGCUACGGUGUUGAUCCGACGGACGAGAAAAGCCUUGAUCACGAGGUCUGCAUCCACCACGAUGAGCUAGCUGCCAUCAUUGUCGGAAACUGGUUCGGGGGCUCCUUGGCGCUGGUAGACUCCCCCAAGAAGCUCGGCCAUGCAAGGAUCCUCCCUCCUCUCCGAGGGAAGACCGUGGCAAGGGUCUGGGAGCCUAGGGUCGCGAGAGAGGUGCACCCGGAGAUCGAUGUUGGGCUGAUUAGGAACUGGAUGCGGCACUGUGACACGACCCAUGGGGCAGAUUGUGCAAAGAUGCAGCUUGGGGAGGCGGCCAAGAUGCGCUGCAUCGAUGUCCAGGAAUACAGAAUCACGGCGGUGACUUCGGAGGAGAAGUAUCUGGCCUUGUCUUAUGUUUGGGGCACGGCUGGCCAGCCUUGCCUCAGAACCGAAAACCUGAAGGAGUACUCGGAGCCGCAAGGCCUACGAGAGGUGGCCCUCCCGCGGACGAUCCGCGAGGCCAUCGAGCUCACUGCUGCGCUGGGUGAGCGCUAUCUCUGGGUCGACUCGCUGUGCAUCGUGCAGAACGAUCCCAUCGACAAGAACCAGCAGCUCUCCAUCAUGGACGCCAUCUAUUCAGUGGCAUCCGUCGUACUGAUUGCCGCUUCGGGCGCCGACUGCUGGGCGGGCCUGCCGGGCGUGGCUUCGAACCCGCGCACCUUGGUGCCCCAGUGCAUCCGAACCGUGAACGGAAAUCGCCUCGCCGUGGUUGCGCCAUCGCUGGUAAAAGCCAUCAAACACAGCCAAUGGAACACUCGCGGCUGGACGUACCAGGAGGCAAAGCUGGCCCGUCGCACACUCGUUUUCACGGACCGGCUGGUCUACUGGGCCUGCCAGGUUGACUCGUGGCGCGAGGAUUUAGAGCUGGCGCGAGACCAUGACGGCGACGGGGACAGUGGCAGCAACGGCAGAGCCUGCCGGGCAUGCCCGACAGCGCCUCCGAGAUGCCCGGUGGAUAGCCAGAACUCGUUCUCGACGGUAGACCCGGACGGGGUGGUCAAGUGCCCGAUUGACAGCUACUGCGAGAUGGUGGCCAACUUCUCGCGCCGCCGAUUCACCAAUCAAGGGGACGCGCUCUGGGCCUUCAGCGGCAUGCUCAAGUCCUUCGCCAGAGGCAUGCCCAACGUCCACAUCUGGGGCCUGCCUCUCCAGGAGCUCGAUAUUGCCAUGGUCUGGCAGGAACACCACCUCUGCCCAUGCCCGCACCCGCGGCGCCAGAGGUGCGAGGUCGCCGCCAAGAACGGGGUGGUCCGCACCCUACCCUUCCCGUCCUGGUCGUGGCUGUCUUGGCAGGCCGCCAUCAGGUACGACGAGCACCUGUGCGACACCAUCGCCUCCGAGGUUGAGUGGCACGAUCCCGUGGACGCGCCGGACGCCUUCUGGGACAUUCCGCCCCGCAAGGCAUCAGGCGAGGCCGGCACCGAUGGCGCGCUUGAUGGCUCCGCGUCUUCGCCCAAGGACAUGUCGUAUGGACUUCUGAAACUCACUGCGAGUGUUGGCAAGAUCACAGUCCGACAGCAAGUACAAUGGCGUAAUCAAGACGGCAGCAAGGCUCAAGGGGACUACUACUGUAUUGCGACCAUGCAUUCGGCUUCAGAUGAGCCGCUGGGCAAGGUCUGGCUCUUGGAAAGCUAUUUUGGUGGCCUGAAGGAGAGGCAGGCCGAUGUUGUUUUGUUGUCGACAAACCUGGGAGUGGACGAGGAGCAGCUCAAACGGAUGGAAACCAACCAUGAUCAUUCGUUGGACGUAGAGCGAAGUCCCCAGUCGCAAAAUGUCAUGUUCAUUCGGGAGGAAAAUGGCAUCACAUAUCGGGUUGGUUUGGCCAAGAUUGCCAAGGGCGCAUGGGAAACCUGUCAGUCCAGCAGGAGGACAUUGGUACUUGGGUGACGACUGAUACCGAGAUGGCUCGGUUCGUUGUGGAUACCUGCAGAAAGCCCUCCAGGGAUUACAGGAUAGCAACCGCCUGAAAUUUGAGGCCAACACACCUUGCCUUGACCGAACUCAAGGCCUGCCGAUUCACAGUGGUGUUUGACAAAAAGGGCACAUUUCAUGGCCAAAUCACGGCAUCCUAGCUACACCUGUGUGACCAUGCGGGGUUGCACCAUCUGUAUUGUUGUGCCGAGAAAAUCUUAUUGGAUAAGAAUACAAUUGACAUCCGGCCUUGAUAACACUUCCAUCCAUCC